CCUAGUAAAAGAGAUAUUGAAUCUUAUCUUAUCCGUCUUUAGUAUCACACUCUCAAGAUGAAAAAAAAAUUGUACAUUGCAGAUAUAAGAUUUAAAAUUGGAAGGAGAAAAAGAAAAAGUAAAAAUCACCAAAAGAUGAGUCGUAUCACAGGCAUGAAACAAAAAGCAUUCAACUUUAUAUUAAUUGCAAUAAAACUAUAGCGCUACGUAUUAUCGUAGCCUACAUGCUUGGUGGAGCCAACUUUAUCGCGACGUUGGGAGUUAACCAGAUAUGCUUCAACGUUUCCGUCGACUGUCUAAUAAUUAGUCGUGCAUUCGAGUACAAUGAUAUUAAUGGUGCAUCGUCAUAUGCCAACCAUUCCUGUUUCUUUUCUCUACCUCCAUCCGAUAUUUUUUCUUUUAAUUGCCCCGCGUUUAAUGGCAAUAAGUUUUGUCGCGCGAUAUCGUAGUGCGAAUAUAAAUUAAUUGAAAAAACACGCGAUUAAUGGGAAGAAAAAAGCAAACGCAGGGCAGACCAUAAGAGCGGAUCGGGGACGUAAUCUCGCUUUAUCGAAAAAGUGGUGCGUUAGCCUUUCGGAUUCUGAACUGUUCGAGAACGGAUUAACACGAUGCGCGCCCCGUGAAUCCAUUCGAAAGGACAUUUGAAGAAUUUUUUUUACAUUUUAUGUGCAAGUUUAAUAAACGUGACCAUGGAAACUUGAUAGAAAAAUUGAAAAGAAAUUGAAAAUUCAAAAAGAAACUCAAUGGCAAAUUUUGACUGAAACAUCUAAUGAAAAGUGUAUAAAUAUUAAUAGAUGUAAUAAUAUCGUGAGAAAGAUUCGACCGAAUAAUUCAAACUUUAAGGAACACGAUACUUAUAUUUUAUCAUUGGCAACAAACCAAAAAUUAUUACUGAGAAUUACCACGAAGAAUUAAAUAAUUCGAAAGUUUUUCGUAAUAAUUAUCGAUUAAUCUCGUAGUAAUUAUCGACCUGACUCUUUUUUAUUUGCAACUAAAUUUAUUGCAAGCCAAGUUUAUAGUUUAUAUGAUGUGAAGAAAAUUAAGUCAUUUAUAAGUUGUGUAAGAAAGUUAAAAGUUAAAGUACAAGUAAAGUAAUAAAAUAAUCAAAUAAAUAACAUUCUAAAGUAUAAUGAAGUAUAAGUGGUUCGAAUAUCGCUGAAAGAUUUCCAUAAAGCAAUAAAGCUUAUAAAAUACGGCGCGAAAAAGAGGGAAAUCGGUCAAGCAACUGCAUCAGGAUGUUGAGGCCCCUCCCGAUCCCCUCUUAAUUCGGCACUGUAAUCAUGAGCAGAGUAUGCCGCGGAUGAAUUCGUUGCCAUUCCAUCGGAUCGUUGUGUGAGAGGCAUAGUUGAAACUAGACGGUCCCGACGUGAUCCAUUUAAACGAAAUCAAAAUUCCAUCACGUCUAUCUGUGUACCACAUAUUCAUCCACCACCUGGACAAUGUGGCUCAGGGCUAUCACAAUCCUCGUUUUAAUUGCUUCCACGACCUCGAAGAAAUUGGUGGAUCUGUCCGAGCGUGGUUUGAAGAAAGAAGACUUUUUCAUGAAGAUUCAGUCACAGAUUAAUCUGCAAGAAGUUACCGAUCUCAUCCUAAGGAAGAACGAAUUUGACAGUUUCCUUGACUGUUCUACUAACCUCGCGAAUUUGGAAAUAUUGGAUCUGUCGCAGAAUCAUCUUCAAAGGUUUUUCUUCCUUUGCAAAGACGAGUAUAAUUUACGAGUAUUAAACGUCAGCCAUAACAAACUUGAAUAUAUCGACGACAAUGCCUUCAACGAUCGAAUCCCGAAGCUCAAGAUACUCGAUCUCUCGUCGAACAAACUAUCUAUCGUUAACGAAACUAUGUUGGAGCAUUUCAAAAUUUUGGAAUAUCUUACGUUAGCCAACAAUCCGAUCAACGACGGAAUCCAUGAAAACGCUUUCUGGAACUUAAAGGCGCUGCGAUAUUUGAAUUUGAGCAACGUAUCGUCGUCGUAUUUCUCCACGGAGUUUUUCAAAACGCUAACUAACUUAUCUACCCUAGAUUUAUCGAUGAAUCCCAUCAGUAGGGUUCCAUCGCUACCAGUCAAUCUAGAAGAGCUCGACUUGUCCAACACUCAUAUAUCACGAUUACGAGACGUUUAUUUGCCUCGGUUACGAGAAUUGAAACUGAAUAAUAUGCAAAAUCUGCGAGAGUUAUUACUUAAUGAUUUCGAAAACUUGACCAGUUUAGAAAUACUGUCUUUAGAUGGUUCGAGAACAUUAACGUCCUUAAAAAUGAUCCCAUAUAACGAUCGUCUUCUACCACGACUGCAACGGCUCUCGGUAAGCAACUGCGGACUGAAAACCUUGGAUUACAACCUCAUGUCGAUAAUAAAGAGAACACCGAUUUUGAGCUUCGAAAACAAUCCUUGGCAUUGCGACUGUAAAAUGCAGUGGCUAAAUAUGUUAAACGCUACGAAGGCUCUUAGUCGACAAAUUCAGUGCAGAACUCCUGAACAACAUUCCAAUAGACAGCUAAGCGAGAUACCAAGUCACGAGCUGGAAUGCGAGGACGAUGCAACGAUGUUACAUCCAGUGUUGUGGGCCUGCAUUUUUAUAUUGGUCGUGGCAAUUGUCUUGGCUACGGGCUUUUUCCUGUUGAGACGACCGCUCGGUCACUGGGACAUCAGGCGAAAGAACCGGGACACGGUCACCUAUACGAACGUCGACGAGUCCUCGAACGAUUUGGUGAGAAUCCUGGCGGCCAACGAAACGGUCGAACGAAACGACGAGUGAAUGAACACGGAACAACGAUAUACUAGAAAUGUAUUAACCUAGGAUAAGCGAUACAGUUUCUCGACGAAGGAACAAGACGAAAGCUAGGAACUAGGUCUGGUUCCGUAGCCACGAAUCUAACCGAGUUCCGAACAAAAUAACGUAGAGGAUGUUUCAAGAUUGGGAAGACAUUUUAAUGACGGUCGAAGAAUGAUUUUAUAUAUAGGGUUUGAAAGUAAGGAGGAGUGGUAAUUUCUUACGCAAAAACAAAUGUUGCAAAUUUUUGCAACAAAAGAUUCUCAAAGAAAUCAAUCUUCAACAUGUAAUUAAGUACUGUACGUUGCUGGUAAAUUUGCCAAUAAGAGCCGCAUUUCUUCCGAAUGCCAACCAACCAACAACGUGCAUGCAGUUAAUUGUAAGAUACGGUUAUUGUUUUUUGCGAAAUCUGGCCACGCAAUUUUUACGAGUUAUUGGAUCCGAAAAGGCAGAAAGAGAAAUUCGAUCAACGACUAUCUGAGCCAUGUAAAUGCGCAUACGUAUGCAGCCAAAAGUUUACACGAAACAAACUUUAUCCUGCGCUCUUAAUUUAUCUUUGCAUGAAGAACCAAUCGUCUGUACAAUACGUUCAUGUUGAAAAUGAUAUACAAAGUUGGUAUCUAAAACCUAGCAUAAGAAGCUUAAGUUGCAGAAGCUAAUCUAAUCCACAGGAAUAUAUCAAUUUGAAGGCGUCGAAGUAUGAAUCGCACGUAUCGUUGAUGUUUUGAACAUUUUGUACAGAUAUCGAUAUCUUGGCGAGAAAGUUCGCGAACUUUUAUUGAUUAACGCUUGUUUCUCGUUGCCCGAUAAAAUUUCAUCGAUCAUCGAACGUCGCCAAUGUUGAAACAUCCUCUACAGCUAAUUUUCUAUGCCUUUCUAUGUAUAACGUGAAACAGGAAACGACGAGGAAUUAACGAUGUCUUCAUAUAUAAAUAGAUUUAACGAGUAACAUUGUACAGCGGGUGAGCAUCAAUAGGCUUUGUAUCGAAUCGCCACGCGUCGAAACGCGGAAAAACGAGCCGUAAAUACAGGAGGCAACGUACAGCCCGAUUCUGGCGCAUCCCUUGAACCUCGAAACACCGUAGCAACGUCGAGCGCACGGGCAUCGCCUGGAGUGGCACAGCCAACAAUGUGGGACUUCUUUGUGAAUCGAAUAAAACGUCUUUUUGUCGGCA